AGUCACUCACGAAAUUAAUUUGUGCCUCCGUUACAAAAAGUGCCCAGUUUUCGUGCCCCUGUCACAAGCCUAUAGAUUAAGAUACUUUUCGUAAUGCCAUCACAAACUGGGGUGAAACUGGGUUCACAUGAUGUUGCAAAAAACAAACAAAGCAGUAAAAAUGCCACACUAAAUCCAGUCCAAAAGCUUCCUUUUCUUUUAUUCUUCCAAGAAUAACAUUGUUCAUCCCGAGCAGCUGCCUCAUUGCACAAAUAUUGCACAGCCAAGCGGCAUGACCAUGUCCGUCAAAGCAGAGCUGGACAUUUUUACGGCCUAAAGUCAUGUCAUAUGAGACAUUUAAUUGGGCCUGGGUGCCGUAGGGGGACAGGACAGCAUUCCUCCACUGCCUGCGCCCUGUUGUGUUGCGCUCUGACGCGUGGCCGCCAGUCUGUGGAUAACAUGCCCAUGCAAACUUCAGCUGCUGAACUGCUGACACCAGUGCUGCGGAGUGUCUGAAUACAUGGAGGCAAACUUGAGAAUAUACUGAACAACUCUUAACAGGGGAGUGGAUCUGAGCUUUUUUGGGGGGAGAUCAUUGUGCCAUCUGCAGUGUGCGACACCUGUUUCUUUCUUUUUUCUUUUUUUUUCCUCUUCUUCUUUUCACCAAAGAUCCAACAGGAAAACAACAGCAAGCAACAGAGGAUUAACUUCCAGUUGAUCUGACAUUUACACAGAGUUUCUGGGUUCGGGUUCGUGGCUCUUUCAGGGAUAAAUGAUCACCUCAACCAGAAGAGUGUCUCCAGACAAAUCUGAAGUUCGAAUUGCCUUCAGCCUCGAGAACACAUCAGAUGUGAAAGAUGUGGAGGACAUCUCUCAGACUUUCCCGGAUCUUGAACAGCAAUUACAGCCAGUGCCCCCCUGUGUGUCUCUGAGGGAGAGUGUCCAGGUGUACAGGGAACACUGCAGGAUGGCGAGAGACUUCCACCAGGUCAAACAUGAAAUUGCUGUGCUUGAAGACCGCAAGUGUCAGCUGCUGGCGGAGAUGGUAGAGGAUGAGAAGGUUGCCAUGGAAAUUGCCCAUCUCGAAGAGGAGUUUCGACACCUAACGGAGGAGAACCGUACCUUGGUGACUGUCCACAACGAGCGUGCCCAGCAGCUGGAGAGGCUCUGCCUGACCAAUCAAACGAGGCAGGACUCCUCGUGACCUCUGACCUCUGCAUAACCUCAGACGUCCAGAUGACACCGGGCCAGGAAACCAAAUCAGAAAUAGAAAUCUCAGCUAGCGUUGGUGCUGCAUAGCUGUGGUCAGGGUAUCGACUACGAAACACAGAUAUGAUGUCAUAAUCAGUGUGACUGGUGUAUAGUGACUACAAAUCUGCUGUAUGACACAAAGAUAAUAAGCUGGCUACUUCUUGUGACAUAUGAUCUUGCAGAACCAGAUGCUUUCUGGCUGUUGUUUAUAGCUGUACAUUUUCACCUACUGUGAAUGUGAGCACAUAUUCUGACGAUUCGUCUCAGGUGCUGUGGAUUGGCCUGAGGCCUGUGGAGGGGGCCAAAGGUGGUACCAUGUGGUCCAAAUGUUGUGUAUUCAGGAGUUGGUAGGGAAAUGAGAUGUCAUGGCCAUUUGUGAGGAACAGCAAAAAAGAAGAAGGGGAAUUGUUCUUGUCACAACAAAUAUCUGCUGCAACACAACAGUGUAAGAGUUGUACAUUUUUUCUGACAAAGCAUUUCUUGCUCACUUGUCCAAGUGGAAAUGCAAAAAGACAAAAUGUGCCUUAUUGACGUUGUCUAUGAAUAAAAAUGCAUUUUAUUUAGA